UAUCGUACCCCAGGGUCGUCUUCCUGCAGUCCCCUCUUUGCAUACCGAGAAUCCUCCUGCAGACACCUGUUCUCCUUCAAGAUGAGUACAGAGAGGACGGGCGUGUUUCAAAACAUCCGGGUCUAUUGGCUCGCUUUCAUUGUAUACUGGGGCAUUGUCCUCUUCGGUUAUGAUACUGGUGUCGGAGGUGGUGUCGUUUCGCAGACCUACUUCCAGAUUCACUUCGGUCUCGUGAACGACGACGGCUCGAUCAACAAGGCCAGGGCAAACGAUGUUUCCUCCAACGUAGUAUCUGUCCUGCAGGCGGGUGCUUUCUUCGGUGCCCUGGGAAGUGCCCCCAUUUCUUCUGCGAUUGGGCGCAAAUUUACUCUCCUCGGGUUCACUAUUCUAUUCGCCGUCGGUGCCAUCCUUCAAACAAUCGCGGGUGGCUCGCGUGGUCUCGGGUACAUCUACGGCGGCCGAGUCGUCGCUGGUGUUGGUAUUGGUGCCAUUUCAGCGGUUGCGCCUGCCUUCGUCUCCGAGUGCUGCCCCAAGGAAGUGCGUGGUCGAAUCACUGGGUUCUUUCAGAUCAUGGUCGCCGCCGGUGUUAUGAUCUCCUACUUCAUCAAUCUUGGCAUCAGUCUUCACAUCAGUACGGGCCCCGCGAUCUGGCGUAUUCCCUUCGGUUUCCAGCUUGUCCCCGCUGGUAUCAUGGCCUUCGGCCUGCUUACGGUUAAGGAGUCGCCGCGUUGGCUGGCAUCCAAGGGCCGUAACGGACAGGCUCAGGAGAAUCUGGCGUACCUCCGUCGCCUCAGCCCCGACCACCCGAUCAUCCGCGAGGAGAUGGCUGAGAUUGAGGCUGCUAUUAAAGAGGAGCGUGAGGCGCGCAAUGGUCUCGGUCUUCGUGAGGCGUUCUUCGGCAAGGGCAACUUCAUCCGGUUCGUCAUCGCCAUAGCCAUCUUUAUCCUCCAGCAAUGGAGUGGUCAGAACUCGGUCAACUACUAUGCGCCGCAGAUCUUUGAGUCGAUCGGCUACACCGGAACGUCUGAGUCGCUGCUCGCUUCUGGGAUUUACGGCAUUGUCAAGCUCGUCGCGACCACACUCUUCGUGUUCUUCCUGGCAGACACCCUCGGCCGUAAGCGGUCGUUGUUGAUCUCGGCGUUGGGCAUGGGCGUUAUGUUCUUCAUUAUUGGUGCCCUCCUCAAGACGCACCCACCCGAUCCCGAUGCAGCAACACCCGCUCCCUCUUCGAAGGCUAUGGCCGCCAUGCUCUACAUCUAUGUCUGCUUCUAUUCCCUUGGCUGGGGUCCCUUGCCUUGGGUUUACGUCGCAGACAUCUUCCCGACCCGGACACGUCAUUUCGGUCUCGCCGCAGCGUCUGCGUCACAGUGGCUCUUCAACUUCGUGCUCUCCAAGGUGACACCGGCAAUGGUCUCUGCCUUGGGCUACAAGCUGUUCCUCAUGUUUGCCACCAUUAACAUCGGCGGCAUGGCAACAUUCGCUGCGAUCAUCCCCGAGACGAAAGGCCGGUCCCUGGAGGAGAUGGAUAUCAUCUUCGGCUCCGUCCAGGCGGAGCAGCGGCAAGCCGAUAUUCUCAAGCAAGAGCGUGUGCUCGAUCACGAGGUCCCAGAGGUGCAGUCCGUACGGUCCGACGUCGAGAAGUCGUGAGCCGGCGAGCGUGCGUUUGCCUGUGCGACAGGGGCGUCCGCUCCGUAGUACCCCUCGGCAUCCAUGUCUUCUGUUUACUACUGUCAGUGUAUGAGUAUCGAUGCCCUUGUCACGACCCUUUCAUGCUCUGGAGGAUAUGGAUAUCUUUAGUAUCUUAUUAGUGGCCUAUCUCCAUCCCGCAACGUGUUGUAUUUUAGCAAAAACAUUGUACAUCAUAGCAACGUCGGUCCAGACAAACAAUCGAUGAAUCGGAGCGAGGACUCUGAGCUACUCA